UUUCACAGAUAUCUUCAAAGGAUGGGCAUUGGAAAUCAUUCUACACCAGCUGUGUUUGCCUUGGUGGGAUUAACACAGCAGCCAGAGCUCCUGCUGCCCUUCUUCCUCCUGUUCAUGGGAAUCUAUGUGGUAACAGUAGUGGGGAACCUGGAUAUGAGCCUGCUCAUCACAGUCAGCCCACUGCUGCACACUCCCAUGUAUUAUUUCCUCUGCAGCUUGUCCUUUGUUGACCUCUGCUAUUCCACUGUCAUUACACCUAAAAUGCUGGUGAACUUUCUUGGGAAGAAAAAUUUGAUCUUCUACUCUGAAUGUCUGGCCCAGCUCUUCUUCUUUGUGAUCUUUGUGGUGGCUGAGGGUUACCUCCUGACUGCCAUGGCAUAUGAUCGCUAUGUGGCCAUCUGCAGACCAUUACUGUAUAAUGUGAUCAUGUCCUCUAGGCUCUGUUCACUGUUAGUUCUGGUUUCCUUCAUCCUAGGCCUUUUGUCUGCCAUUGCACACACAAGCGCUAUGAUGAAGCUGAACUUUUGUAAAUCCCACAUCAUAAGCCAUUACUUCUGUGAUGUUCUACCCCUCCUCAACCUUUCGUGCUCUAACACACAUCUCAAUGAACUUCUUCUAUUUAUCAUUGGAGGGAUAAACACCUUGGUGCCAACAGUAGCUGUUGCAAUCUCCUAUGUCUUCAUCUUUAGCAGCAUCCUUCGCAUCAGGUCAUCAGAGGGCCGGUUCAAAGCCUUUGGAACCUGCAGUUCUCAUCUCAUGGCUGUGGGAAUCUUCUUUGGAUCUAUCACAUUUAUGUAUUUCAAGCCUUCUUCAAGUAAUACUCUUGAGCAAGAGAAGGUGUCUUCUGUGUUCUAUACCACAGUGAUCCCCAUGCUGAACCCAUUAAUAUAUAGUUUGAGGAACAAAGAUGUGAAGAAAGCAUUGGGCAGAUUCUUGUUGAGGAGAUAGGUCUUAUGUUUGGAAAACAAUACAUGAGAGGAGAUAAU